GUCUACUACAGCUACCGACUGCUACCAGUACCUCUACGCCCGCGCAUCUCGGUCCUCCGGAUCCUCUCGCACUUUCGAGCGGCGCGCUGUCAAUAUCACUGCUUCAGAUCGCCGGGCUGGAGAGUCAAGUCAGACAGGGUCAGCCACUUGUGCUAGCCAUAAUAUGAAUAGAAAUUGAAAUUCCAUUUCAACGCGCGAUUCACUUUCUGGUGGGGCUGUUAGCUUUCCCGUCUCAUCGCCACCACAGAGGACCGCUACCAAGCAGGCAAAGUGUGACGCAUCGUCGUGCAGCCCUGUGCCGAUUUAGCAGGAGGCCCGACCGCAGCAAACAACACCUUGGCUAAAGGAGAAGAAGAGAGUCGCCAUUGGUACGCAUAACGCACAACGACAGCAGACGAAAGCCGGAGGCCGAGCGUUCGCCAUGUCACCGGGACCCGUAGACGCUCCCGAGGGGGCCGCGGUGCAGCAGCGAGCCGUGGUCCGCGCCGCUUGCCUUAGCUGUCGAUCGGCAAAGCGUCGAUGUGAUGGUGUGAUGCCCGUCUGUGGACCGUGCGCCAGUCGAGGUGUCGAGGAAGGGGCUUGCAACUUUGUCUCGUCGAAGCGCGGCGGGCCGAGGUACAAGGGCGUCAAGGGAGCCGACGCUGCCAGACUCAAAGCGGACAAAGAUAGGCAAAAGGAAUUGGCCAGAACGUCAAAGGACCGCUCAAAAAUUGGCUCCGUCGAUAGCGGUACCAUCAGCCCAACUUCCGAGAGAGACAGAGUCAACAGCCUUCACAGGUCUUCCCUUUCCAGCAGUGGUGUUGGUGGCAUAAACGCCAGCCCCUUUGAUGACUAUGCAAGGCAAGAAAGCAUAGGCAGCAGUAGCGGCAGUGUGAUGAGCAUGCGUCGCAGCAACAGUCCAAACUCGGCCAACGGCGGGAGCCACCGGGGCCGAAGGUCGCAUUCAGCGUCAUUUGAUGAUGGGCCCAAUCAAACGCCUCCCAGCCCCUUUGUCGCCACGCCCGUUGUCCCCACGAUGCAUCCUUCAUCCGCCGCGUCGAUGGCGGCUCAGCAGCAUUUCCAUGCGCAGCAGCAGCAGCAACAACAACAACAACAACAACAACAACAGCAUCAGCAGCAGCAGCAGUACUUCCACCAUCAUCUGCCUGAGUCUGCCCAAAGCUCACUUCAGCAACCCUAUCACAAUCAGCAGCAGCAGCACCAGCAGCCGCUCCCACUACAGCACACACAGCAGCACCUCCCACACGAGAACCUGUACUCCUUUGAUAACACCGAGUUUGGCCAUGGUGUUUUGACGUUUGCCAAUCUCGAAUUGUGGCAGCGGAUGCAAGAGGGCCAAGCGACCGAGGAAAUAUCCGCCUUUUCCGACUUCUACUCGCGCUUGGAGAUGCUUCCCAAGGCCGGCGUGCCCGGUGCACAGGAUCCCAGCGGCGUCGACAUCUGGAUGGACUGGGAAGGUGGCGAGCUCACGCAGAAUGUCCAGAACAACGAACAGAGCGUGCGGUCUCUACUCAGUGAUUUCUACGAGUUUGUAUACCCCGCCUGCCCUGUCCUCCUCCCGCCCGGCAGCCUUCCUUCGCUGGCGUUCUACUUCUCAGGCAAGGGACCCUGCGGCCUGUUUGCGGCCAUCAGUGCAUGCGUCUCGCUGCACCUUGCGCCUGCCGAUGCCCUCAAGACGCUCCGGACGUCGUACGGCGGCGACUCUUCGGCUUCCUCUGCCACCUCGGCGUCCGAAGAGAUGAUGGCGUCUGAGGAGAUCGCAGCAAAACACGCAAAUUCGUCUGAGAACAUCCUCUUUCGUUAUGCCCAAUCGCAGCAGGCCUGCUUUGCUUCGCCGAUGGAUGUGGACGUCGACGGCACCGAAGAGCUCGUUCAGAUCGAAGCUGCCGCUGCGCAUACGCUCCUGUGUCACUUUUACUACGGAAGUGGCAAGCCUGGAAGCCAUGAACGAGCAUACAAGCACGCCCUCGAGGCGUGGAACGGCAUUCAAAAGUUCGACCUGCCCAGACGGUCGCGUCUCCAAGCUGCUCAGCAUCAACAGCAGCAGCAGCCAAACCCCAACCGCCCCUUCACUCCUGACCUGAUGAUGGAAUGGGCCAAGCGGGUCUACUGGGCCAGCUAUGCUGCAGCGACGGUCAUGUCGUGCACCGGCGGCUUCCAGCCUUUUGCUGCACCUCGCGACCGGGUCAUGGAUCUGCAGAUGCGGCCGCAACUUGAUCAUGACGUUGCCGCUUGGGGUACCAUGAUUCGCGGCGCACAGCAAGUCUCGCAAGCCUACCGCCUACUCUACGAUCUGGACCAGCUGCGAACCCGAUUAGCCUCUGCUGAUGCCUCGUCUGCGUCUGCCACGUACCAUCAAGACUCGGCGGAACGGCAGCGGAUCUUCAAUGCAAUGCUCAAGCUCGAUGGCGAAAUUGACACGUACACCCGCUUCGAUCCCUAUUGGCGCAAAGGUUUCGUUCUCGAUGAAAGCGUCACUGCUGGCAUCGAGCCUUCCGAAGUUGAACUGGCGCGGAGUUUGCACAUCGCAGGCCGACUGAUGUGUGGAGGGUCUAUGAUCAUUCUUCACAGAGCACAGGCCUUUUCCAACGCUAGAGUGUUCAUGUCCCCGCAGUGCGGAAUCCCGGAAGCGGCGAGGAUGUAUUCGGUGGGCGGUGGCCAGGAAGCCAUCAUGCACCGCGCUCCCCAGAUCGACGCUGCGAGAUCGGCCAAUGCCCCGCAAAGUCUUGCAGAGCUGCAGGUAUCUCAAAACUUGCCUGUUCAUGCUCUCCUCUCCGACAAAUUUGCUGGUGGUCCCUUCGAGCCGGCACAUGCGCUUGAACGCUGCCGAUUCGCCGCCUCAGCCAUGAUCAGUACGCUACCCCAAGUCAUGAGCGACACCGCGUCAGGUCGCGCACCCAAGCUGCCUCCUUACUCGGCGUGCUCCUACGUAAUAGGCGCUUAUGCUACAUUGAUGAUCACGCUCCUGGUUCAGGUCCAGGGUCAGCGCCUCAUGCAGCAACAGCAGCAGCAGCAGCAAGUCACCCACUCGAGCCACCAAGCCGCAGACGAUGGCGGUCGCCUCGAGGUGGCUCAGCUGCAGAGGCAGCUCGAUGCCCACCGAGCCCCUGUCCGCGACAUGAUAAUCGUCCUCAAACGAUUCUCGACCAUCUGGGGAAAAGCGGUCGAGUACGAAGACGAGGUUGCGACACUCUUGGCCGCGAACGAGACUAUUCGAUAGGGUUCAGAGGGCUCAGUCGCCUUUUUCUCCUGUUUAUCCCAUCUGCUCUUUUCCACACAUCAUCUUCUCUUGUCACCUUUCCGUCGACUUUUCUCGGGCUUCUUCCUCCUUCUUUUGCUAGGCAUGUAAAUUGUAGACACACUACGUCGAGCCCUCAGGUGGUUUUCUCUCGGCUGUAACAGCCUUCUCUCCGUCACGAGAAGGCUGCUGUUGUAUCAAAGGUCCGGUCGAUGCAAUCGAUCAGUUCACCUCGCGGACAA